GAGAUGGGAUAUCUGGGAAGAUGUGUGGAAUCUGCUUUGUAGUGAAUUUCACUGCAUCUCCAUGCAUACUUCAGGAAAAUGUGUGCAAAAAACUUCGUAACAGAGGGCCCAACUGUAGCAAGAAUAUUACAAUAACAAUUUCUGAUCCGGUUUAUAGUUGCCUCUUCUCUGGCCAUGUACUCCACAUGAGGGGAAGCCUGACUCCCCAGCCUCUACUAGAUGCUGAUGGGAACAUUUUCCUUUGGAAUGGUGAGGUAUUUGGGGGUUUGACUGUGGGAACUAAAGAAAAUGACACUGAAAUUAUUCUCCAGCAACUGUCAUUGUGCAAAUGCAAUUCCGAUAUAUUGUCAGUCCUGUCUCAAGUUAAGGGCCCCUGGGCCAUCAUUUAUUAUCAAAAAGCCGAACACUGCAUAUGGUUUGGGAGGGAUUUUUUUGGGAGACGAAGCCUGCUUUGGAGCUGUGACUCAGAGCAGAGCUCCUUCAUGCUAUCCUCUGUAUCCAUCUGCUUGCCGAAUCCUGAAUCAGUCCACUGGCAGGAAGUACCAGCAGUUGGUGUGUACAGGUUGGAUUUAAAGAGCAGUUCACAAGAUGGAAAUUGGAAACUUGAGCUCUAUCCUUGGGCUCAUCCAGAUGCUGAGCCCCCGAAUGACUUCACUUGGGAAGGUCUGCCGAGUUCUAUCUCCUUGAUGAUCAACAAUUCUAGACUCUUUAUUACUUCUCUUAUUCCUCUAAUGAACAUGUCCAUAACCACACCAAACCUCGAACUAAAUCUGAGUUCUCAAAAUUCAUCUUGUGAUCUGAAGGAGUUUCUAAAAAGUGCUGAAAAGAGAGAAAUGGUGGGCAGUUUUAUUGGUGUGCUCAGUGAGGCGGUACGGAGGAGGGUGCAGUGCCUGCCCCUCCAGGACACAGCAGCACAGGACACAAACAAUAAGGCAGCUCACGUUGCCAUCCUCUUUUCAGGAGGAAUUGAUUCGAUGAUUCUAGCUGUUCUUGCUGAUCACCACAUACCUGCAGACAGACCAGUUGACCUACUGAAUGUGGCAUUCAAGCUUCAGGAAUUGAAGAUGAAUCAGGUUUCAAGAAAGAAAGGGCAUAAUCAGAAAAAAGAUUGCACUAACGCUGAUGCCCCUUCAGACCAGCAGAAGUCAAACUGCUUUGAUGUGCCAGACAGGAUCACAGGUCGAGCUGGUUUACAGGAGCUCAAAAAUCUCAGUCCUGCACGCAAGUGGAACUUUGUAGAGAUCAAUGUUACUCAAGAAGAGCUUAAGGAAAUGCGAGAGAAGCGCAUCAGUCACCUUGUGCACCCUCUGGACACGGUUCUGGACGACAGCAUAGGCUGUGCUGUGUGGUUUGCAGCCAGAGGAGUGGGAAUCAUAUCAGAGGAAGCAGGACAGAGGCAGCACACUUCAACAGCAAAGGUGGUUCUGACGGGUAUUGGAGCGGAUGAGCAGCUAGCGGGUUAUUCCAGACACCGUAUCCGGUUUAAGAGCUCUGGUCUCGAGGGCCUGGUCAAAGAGCUUGCCAUGGAGCUGGGCAGAAUAUCCUCCAGGAAUCUUGGACGAGAUGACCGUGUUAUUGGAGACCAUGGCAAAGAGGCCAGAUUUCCCUACUUGGAUGAGGAUGUGGUAAGCUUCCUGAACAGCCUGCCCAUAUGGGAGAAAGCAAACCUGUUUCUGCCCAGGGGUGUUGGGGAGAAGCUGCUUCUGAGGCUGGCUGCUAUGGAGCUGGGCCUGGGGGCCUCUGCUCUACUACCCAAGAGAGCCAUGCAGUUUGGCUCCCGAAUUGCGAAGCUGGAGAACACCCAUGAAAAAGCAUCGGAUAAGUGCAAGAGACUGGUCACAAGCUAGUGGACACUUAAAUUCAUUCUUUAUUUGUAUGUGUUCUAAAAAUGCCAUUCUCCAGUGCUGUUUCUCUUCAGUAGUUUGGGAGUCUCUGCUCCGAUUCAUAUUUUAGUGCUUUUGUCUCCAUGCAGUACUUGGCUUACAAACAGCACACUGCUAUCCAGCUUUGUUUUGAGCCAAAUGAAUGCUACAUUAAAUAAACCUCAGGAUCUUUAAGUUGUU